GACGUACGCGUGCAGGCAGGACUCGUUCUUUUAUGUGCCAUCAUGUCCGCGUCAUGUGGUUUUCCCGAAAACCCGGAUUGGAUCUUAACUGUCAGCUGAGAACACCAGCGUGAUCAUCGCAAAUGCAUAGCCUCUUUGUUAGCAAUAGAUUAAGGUUUGUAUUGAUUAAGAAUUAAAAUGGGUCGAACUCAUGCAGUCGUAGAAUCAUAUGGGAUAGCAAAUUAUCAACGUUAUAAACAUUAACUUUCGAGCCAUGGACUCAUAUUGUAGAUGAGAGGAAGCGAUGAAAUCUGAGUUCCGAUCUUGAAUUUCCUGCAGUGCAACACACGACAAACAUCAGCAAUUCCACAACAAAUUAGACGGAAAAAAUGCCGAACAAUUUAUCUUUACACGUUUCUUAAUAGUAAAAAAAAUGAAUACUCUUGUUUGGCAUGUGCUUAACGCACAUAGUCGCCAACUCAGCAAACUGACAGCUAGCCAGCUAGCUAGCUUGAAAGGCAAAUGAAACCCGUCAACCUUUUGUAAAACUUUUGAACGUUCACAAGGGUGGAUACAAUCACUAGAUGCGCUGUGUAAUACAGUUUAUCAACUGAGCACUAUACAUCCUAAACAAAACCGCGAAAGACAGCAGUAAUGAAAUUUUUAUUCCACUCCAUAUUUUGUUAUGCGCAACCCUCUGACGGCUGCAACGGCAAGCUUGCGGAUGGAUAUCUGAAAUACACCGCUAUACUACGGCACGGACGAGGGCGAACAGAAAGGGCGACUGCGAGACGAAAACGAAAGGGAGAAAGGAGAAAUCUACCAUUACGAACCGAAGUCAUUCUUAUAGAUUUAACAAAUACAAAGCAGUACCCGCGUUGCAGACACCACAUAAAUUAUCAGACGAACGCAGGACGCCCACCAAGACAGUGACAGAAACAGUGCGGAGAGGGAUGACAAAAUAAGAAGAAAAAAGGGAAGCAGACACGGACUGCCAGACAUCCACCCUCCCAGCAGCGGUCUCCAUUUUAACUUCUCGCCCGGUCUACACCUCACGUGUCCUGGACUGUCUCUCUCACAUGACCCGAGUGUUUGUCCCCGUGAUCAGCACUUCCAUCUCCGUCUCCGUGUCACUGAAUAUCACAUUUUAAACCCGAAGCCCCAUGGAUAUGCUCGAACAGAGUCUGGACACCACCACAAGUCACGAGAAACAAGAGGAGGAGGUUGUGCAGAUAUCCGAAGGCGAUAACGGCGGUGGAACCGAGCAGACGGCGGUUACCAUAGCGGGCGUUCCACAGGCUGCAACGUUCGCCGAUCACAACAUCCAGUACCAGUUCCGCACCGAGAACAGUGGUGGACAGGUGACCUACCGUGUCGUCCAGGUAACGGACCAGCAGUUAGAAGGGGGAGACGACGGGGGAGGGGCAGUCAGCGUCGUUUCAACGGCUGCCUUCGCAGGAGCACAGCAGGCCGUGGCACAGGCGGUGAUCCAGAACCCCUUCAGUAAUGGGGGCAGCCCGGCGGGGGAGCCCGUGGGGGGGGAGACGCGCUUCGCCUACUUCCCAGCAGCCACAGUGAGCGACGGCACGGCGACCGCAGUGUCUGUGCAGGCUACUGCUGACCCCGCCCUCACACAGGCAGGGGGUCAGUUUUACGUGAUGAUGACCCCCCCUGACGUCCUGCAGUCAGGCACGCCCCGAACCAUAGCCCCCCGCACGCACACCUACUCCACAGAUGAAAACGAGAUGCUGCAACAUGACGGUUUGAACUGGAAAAUGGACGGGCCACGGACGCCGAGGGACGAGCGGAGGAGGGCGCAGCACAACGAAGUGGAGCGGCGAAGGAGAGACAAGAUCAACAACUGGAUCGUUACCCUCUCCAAAAUCAUCCCCGACUGCAACAUGGACAGCAGCAAGACAGGAGCGAGCAAAGGCGGGAUCCUGUCCAAAGCGUGCGACUACAUCCGCGAACUCCGGCAGAACAACCAGAGGCUGCAGGAGAGCUUCAAGGAGGUGGAGAGAGUGCAGGUGGACAACGAGCUGACUCCCCAGCAGAUCGAGGAGCUGAAGAACGAGAAUGCGCUGCUCCGAGCGCAGCUGCAGCAGCACGGCAUCGAGAGCGUGGGAGAGACAGCGCAGUGAAGGAGGGAGAGAGGAAGAGGAGGAGGAGGAGAAAGAAGAGGAGUGGCUUUGGAGGCGGGGAAUUCAGUGCAGACACAGACUGAACGGGCACGACUGGGAGGGGAGACUGAGGGACAUCGAGAACGACGACUGCUGAUGAAGAAGCACAUCUCGUAUCCUCCUCUUCCUCUCUGUUUCUCAAGAUUUUCCCUUCAUCCUGCGGACAGUGUAGCCGCCUGCAGGGGGGGGUGGGGCUGCCAUCCACUGGCCUACGCUUCAGGGACAGGAGUUAAAAAGAAAUAAAUGAAUAAAUAAAAUAACACACAUUUUUGCCAAGAUCCUGUCACAGCCCAACCCAGGAUCCUUGCUCUUUGAUGGGGGGGGGGGAAUUCUCCCAUUCCCCCUCUAUUUAUAAAGCUUCUCUUACGGACAGAGGUGAUUCCUUUCCUUUUACCGUCAUUUGAGGGUAUUUUUAAAUUAUUUUUUUCUUUCAUUUUUGCUUUUGUACUUCGGCUUUGUGUUCCUGAUUUCCUUCCCUUCUUUGUGUUCAGCGUCAUUGUCGACGUCGUUAUUGGGUGGUGUUAGUUCGUUUGGUUUAAUUUAUUAGAUUGUGAGGAUUAAGUAAUUGGUCACACAGGAGGAACGUUGGCCUCUGGAUACACAGAGACACAGAACUGCAGUAAAAGCCAUCGCGGCGAGGACAGAAUUCAUGAUUAUCGGCUAAUAAAAGAGCAAAGCGUAGAAAAUCACGAGCUAGCGUGCUCGACACAGCCCAGCCUGUACAGCUCAGCUCGGCUUAACGUCUUGUUCAAAACGCUCGUCUGGAACGCACGCCGGCAGUGUUCGGUCAUUGCACUGAAAUCCUGAACGUGUGGCGUUGAGUGUGACUGAGCAAAUCGCGGGUGCAGUUUAUCGAGUUCAGUCAUGCCACAUCGCACUUCCGAAACGUCGCGUCGCCAGGCAACACUGGCUGAGUGACAGGUCUGUGUUCAGCUGCCCGAGCGGGACACGCCUCCUUUGGUUUCAGCGUGACUUUAAAGUGAAAAGGAGGAAGUAAAUAAAUACAGAUGAAAGUGUACUGCGUACACGAGGGGCCCCGGUAGGAACCAGUGGGAAGUGUCCUGGUUACUACCCAGUAAACUGGUAGAGGGUCCUCCUGUUCUUCGCUGACUGGCAGUAAUCGAUAACGCUCUUCCGUGCUGUUCCCGAUUACUGGCCGACACGUUUACAGUAACUCAUCGAACGUGCGUAAUCUGAGGAGGCUUUUGCUGCAGGUGUUUUUAGGCUGUGUGCUUCUCUCGCUGAAACUGAUUCGUGAGAAGGACGAUGGCGUUUAGCCAAAACUGUAAAAAAAAAAAAAGAAAAAAAAAACCGAAGAACUUAAAAGAGUUCUGUAAAGACUGAUUUAAAAUUCAGACGGAAUCAGAAAUGAUUUUGGUUUGCUGUUCUAAUUUCUGGGAAUAUUACUAGGAGAGAGGCCACAAUGAAGGCUGCUUUUUUAGGAAAUAAGACCAAUACGAAAUUUCACAUUUUUACCAUGCAAGGUCUAGUGACAUUAACACAGGAAAUGCAGCAUUUUUUUCUUGAAGUGUUCACUGUACACAUUACCUGUAUGUACGUAUGUACACGCGCAUGGUUAUUUACGUACUGAAUCCAUAUUUGUACGUACAUAGUCAUGUACUUUUGGAUUUUUUAAGUCCUUUUAUUUUUUUUAUUUUACGUUUGUGCAAAUGAAUGAAUGAGUGAAACUGAGGCUCAGCUGGCGGAAAGGAAGAAAUUAAACGAUGAACUACCGGGGAAAAUGGAGAAAGAGAAAUGCAUCUCACAGAGGAGAAAACCUCCGGUUCGCCCUCCUCCUCCUCCAGUGACAGACGGAUUGACCAAUGGCAGCGUUCCCCACCUUCUCCUCCCGCCCCUCUCGGAAAGAGCCAAUCACUUCUUACUGUGUAGGACGACACCGAGUUGGGGCAAAAUGGCGGAACUUGCGGACAGACUUUGGUUCGUGACAAUUUUGUACUUUUUUUUUUUUUGUCUUUUGCAGUGCAGGGGGGUGGGUGGGAAAGGAAUGGGUGAAGUGUGAAAUAAAGCGUUCCUUUUGGGGGAGGGGAGGGGAGGGUGGGUGAUUAAACAGAUCUCAGAUUUGCACACGUGAGUCCAAGGUUAGGAUUCCACAGUCCUCAGGAGCCAUCUUGGAUCCAUCGUUUACCGCUCAAGGUAUAGGAAUCAGGCCUGCACGCUUCCACUUCCUGUACAGAAAGCCAGUGACACAGGUUUCAGUGCGAGGGUAAGGACGUGUCUGGGUGCUAGGUACACAAAUCUUGAGUUUACAGGAUAAAACCCUUGACCGUG